AGUUCAGGACAUAGGCCAGAAUUAGUUAUAAACUCAUAUGUUGUUCGUUUCAAGAUCGCCUGUACGUGCACAUAUUGACGCUGGUUACUGGUCAUGCCCUUUGGGUACUGGCUAUGGAAGAUAAGGCGCCAAGCACCCCGAGGACAGAAGGCUCUCUGGACGAGGGAAGGCAAUUUAGCCCUCCCCGUAUUGGGCCUGCGCGUGUCCAACAAUGCUGCUCUUCUCUUUUUUGGCUAAUUUUGGAGUUGUGGCGGCGCAUCCGCCUUGAGGUUGUUGUGGAGUGGCCCCUUUUGAAGCAACGCUGGAAGGUUCUGCUGUUUGGUAUUGUGAUGCAAUAUGUACAUGGCAUUUUCACGCAGCUGGCACAUCGUAUGCACCAGCCCCAGGUUGAGCCACUGCAUGACGUUGGCUUUGAUCUCACACCGGAGCUUGGUCCAGACAAUCAUUGGGUCAGCGAAACUAUUUUUGGGCUUGGUUUCGCAAUGUUCGUGCUGUGGACCUUUUCUCCUUUCCUCCGUAAGGACAAGCGCUUCUACACUGUUGUUUUAUGGACGCGCCUCCUAAUGGUGCUCGUAGUCUGCCAGGCACUGCGUAUCGUGACAUUUUCCGUCACGCAGCUGCCAGGGCCCAGCUUCCAUUGCCGAGCGAAUGCGCCCAGUGCGCGACGUCCCUGGCCUGCUCACUGGUCGGGACACUUAGUCGUGGAUGUUGGACGCCAAGUGUCAAAGAGUUGUGGCGACCUCAUCUUCUCGUCACAUACAACUUUUAUACUUACUGGUAUCCUUGCCUAUAACGAAUAUGGCUUUCUUCGAGCCAUGAAGGCUAUGUCGUGGCUGCUGGGUGUUGUGCUAUCGAUCCUCAUUGUUGCAAGCCGGAAACACUACACUGUGGACGUUAUAAUUGCUUGGUACACGGUCCCACUGGUAUUCUACAUGAUGUACCGCCGCUGGACAACGCGACGGCCAAUGAGCGAUUUCAUUGGUGACGCGCCAGUACCUGCCUUCGAUGAUGUGGAUGGCGGCGAAAUGGAGCUAGAGGAGGUGCUCAUCGAGCGCAGCUCAUGUGGGAGUGGCCCGCUGUUCGGCUGCAUGGAUGGCAGUGGCCAUGGCAUAACAAAAAUGAUGCCCCGCAUAGGCACAUUGAAGAUUAGCGUACGUGCUCCAUUGGCUGACCGCCACCUGGGGGCGGUGGUGGGCUUAGGCCAGAGCAGUCCUAUCCUGGGAACUGGAGGGACCUUCAUUGGGACCUCAGGGAAUCACUUAAUUGAAGGUGUUAUUUCUAAGCCUUGUGAAACACAAGUUAGAACAAGUUCAGGAACUCUGACAUCAGUUGUACGAGGACUAGGGCGUCCAGCUGUGCAGGGCCUUGAUGUGUUGCCUUUGCAGCAGCAUCAACUGCAGAGACAGCAGCCUGGACAGCAGGUUGAAGAAGAGCUGCCGGACCGGUGGACACAAGGUACUCCAACAACUACGUCUUCAUUGUGGUUCUUAGCACCAAACACGUAGCGGCGGUUUUGUUGUACGAUCGCCAUGUGAGUAACUGGGUGUCAAAUGCUGGAAGACAUCGUCACAUGUGAUGGAUACCUAAUUAUUCCUGUGAAAGAUAUGUGAUAGGUUGACUGUAAGAGUAGGUUUUUGUUAGUACUGAGUACUGCAUUGGAGCACUUCGACCAGCUUGUACUGUGCGCUGUAAGGGAUUCUUAUAUCCCCCACAGAUGAAGGUUUGUGUUCACCUGUUUGGGAUUUUCCUUUUCUCCUCACCUGUAUUACAUUUAGUAAUGUAAUGAUCUUGCAACUUG